UUUCAAUCUACGGCAAGAACAUGUUGGAAUUCAAAUCCCGAGCAGCUUCUUGCUGUUGGGACUAAUUGUUGUUCACCAAAGAUUGUAACCAACCUUAUGAAGGGUUUAAGUGAUGGCAUGAACUUCCAAAUACCUAUUGUCACUUAUCCAAAUUCUGGAGAAAAAUAUAAUCCUAAAUGUGGUUGGGAGAAGAAGGAGAAUUGUGAAUCUCUGGACACCUUUGUACAUGAGUGGUUAGACCUCAAUGUGAAGUUUAUCGGAGGUUGUUGUAGAACUUAUGCAGAAGACAUUACUGAAAUUAGAAAUAAAGUUCAGACUUGGUCUGUUAAAAAACUCCAACAAUAAACUACCUAUGAUAAACUGUUUAUAUAAGGAAAUCCUUUAUGAGAAAGUUUUUGGUAUAUCUGUAAGAAAAAAACAAAGAGAUGAGAAAAUGAGAACAUUGAUGACAGAAAAUCAAGAACUGAGACAAGAAAACCUCAAAUUGACUUUUGAAAUAACAAAAUUGAAAAAAGAAUUGGGAAAGCUGUCUGACGACAAAUUUUCUGAUUACAUAACAUUAAUGAAAGAACGCGACGCACGUUACACGCUUUAUUUUGAAAAUGUCGCUCUUCAGCUAAAAUUGCGCGAAUUAGACGGCACUUCCCGUUCAUUAUACGUCGACGAUGCCUACGGUGACCCCGUCGUGCUCCGAAUUGCAUUAGAGCGAUGUCGAGAGCAACUGUCAACAACGCAAACCGAAUUGAAAAGAGUGACCGACGAGUAUUCGGAGACGGUGCCUAGACGCGAACACGACAACUUAGAGGCCAAGUUCUAUGACGUCUCCAAGAAACUGGACUCGCUAACUUCGGAGUUUGAAGCCUUGCAGAACACACAGAAACGGGUCUUAGCGCAGAAGAAGAGCGUGGAAGAAGAAUUGAUGGAAUGUAAGGAGCGGUGCAGAGAGCUGGAGCGAGCGGGGACGCCCCGGCCGCAGUGGGAGAUUUGCGCAGACUUCAUCAGCGGGGGCCGCGAUCGCUGGUGGCAACUGGCCAGCGGCUUAUCCUCAAGAAACAUGCUCAGGGUUUUGCUGAAGGAACUCGGACCGGCCGCAGAGAGCGAACAUUUGGAGUAUUUUGAUGGACUGGGCUCGGACGCCGCGGUCCCGCCGUACCUGCGGCACUCGGGGCGCGUUCGCAACGUGCGCCUGUCGCGGCGCGACGUGCGCGUCGCCGUGCACGACGUGUGGCGCGGCAAGCUGCGCCAGCGCUCCGCUCACAUGCAGGACUACCUCACGCGCUACUUUGAAGACAGGUACCAGCAACCCUCUAUUCGAGCGGAAUGGGCCUACAACCUAUGCGCUGCAGCUGAGCAGAUGCUGGACGAGCCGCAAGUGAAGCUAUUCUGGGGGGUGCUGCACGGACAGCUCAGUGAGGACAUCUACUGGGGAUAUUGGACUCAGUGGUACACGAUUAAAGAACAACUUUAUAAGCAUAGCAAAGACGGAGAGACUAUUACAAUUGAAGACUUUGAAAAAGUAACAAGAUCUACUUUCCCGCUCAAAAGUGAAGUCGAAAUCAAAAACCUGACAGAUGUCAUGAAGAAACAACUUAAACUGAAAAUAAACGCAACUGACAUUAAUUUGGAUAAAUUAUUUUACGAGAAUGAGGAGGGCUUCGAUCGCGUGGAUUUCGCCAGAGAGCUGUACAGACAGCGCCAACUAGCUCAAGACAAAUACAUUCGAGAAGUGGUGGCGGAACUCGGAGGGAAGCACGUCAACAAGACCGUUACUGUCGACGGCUUGAAGCGAGCCUUCGCCAUUGUCGAUCCGGCGAUAAAUCAUAUCCGCAUGGAGCGUUACAUCCGCUGGGCUUUUUCGGAGCAGACGGCGGAUCUGAGCAGUAUCGGGCCGAUACCGCUGCGCACUCUCGUGGCCAGACUAGCCGCGGGAGAUAUCGAGCGGGUCGGGCAGCGCUAUAGAGGAACAAGAAGGCACAAAUAACGACUACAAGUGAAUUAUUAUACAAUAAAAUUAUACUGUCAUAAUGACUAUCAUUUUUAAUUUA